AUGACCAUGAAGAAGAUCGGGAUCGGCGUCGUCGGCGUCCGCUUGUCGCAGCUCCCCGAGCAGUACAACGCGAGAACUUGCAGCAAGGUUUGCCUCGGUUGCGGUUGCAAGCCGUCGGAUCCCGACCCCAUCAACCCAACCUUGAGCUACGCCUGGUUCAAGCCUGACUAUGGCGGACUGGUGUGCGCGUACUGCGGGACAGCCAAGGCCAGGAAGUACCCCCACAAGAGCAACGACCAAGUCUUCAAGGGCGUGAGGACUAACGAGGAGGAGUGGAAGAAGUUCCAGCAGUUUUGCAAGUUCUUGAUCGAGUCUUGGAAGUCGGGCAAGCAGCGGGUUCGCAAUGUCCUCGAUGCGCCGAUGGAGCAGACGGUCAAAAAGAUAGCGGAGAUAAAUAUGUCCGCCGCCGACAAGGGCAAAAUGAAGUUGUACGACAGCUACGUCCAGGAGUUCGGGGAUCCAGCCACAAACGGGAGGGGGCACACCAUCACCAUGGCGCAAUGGAAGGACGGUAGCAAGCAAAAGGUCGUGCUCAUUCCCAUGACGGCGUCGGACGAGAUGGAGUGCAAGUGGAAGAUUAAGAACGGCUUCAGGCACGACACGACGUUGGACGACGGCGCCCUCUCGAUGCGCCCGGACCAGCAGCGGCAGCUCUUCGACAGUUUGCGAGAUGCCCACGGCGUGUCGCGGUUGAGCGGGGACAUUCAGCCGAGCGGCGGCGCCGCCGCAGUUCGCCGGGCAACGGCCGACCGUGCCAAGGCGGCCUUGGACGCUCGAUCGGCCCCUUCCGCCACGCCGCCGUCUUUGCCGACCAGGCGACAGGGCGGCGCCGGCAGGCGGGGCGUCGCGAGGCCGAAGGCGGGCAAGGGCAAGGCGGGCAUUGGCGCCGCGGAUUUGGCAAAAGAAGAAAGAGAAUUGGAGAAGUUGGUCGAGAAGGGCGAGGCAUGUUUGCGGGAGUUCGCUGCGUGGAGUCGCGAGACCAUCGUGCACGAGAAGGACAAGCGUUUCUACAAGGCCACUCGGAGUUUGAGUGAUAGUAUUGCUGCCAAGAACACCUCAGACGUGACGGCGUCGAAUGCGGAGUUGGCCGAGAAAGCCGAGAUCACAGUGAAAUUGAUGGGUUUGAUGGUCCAGCGAGUGAAAGCUUACACCACGUGGGUCAAGAAGGCCGAGGAUAAGCCGUACCUCGAUGAGAUCGCGUCCAUGACCGAGUUCUCCAUGAAGGCCCCGAUGGUGACCCUCGAGCUGCCCGUGUGCAUCCAGUGCGACGCUAUGGAGUUGGAGUUCCGCUCUGGCAUUUGCGACGCCAUCAGCGAGAUCAGGCAGGCGCGGGCUUCUGUUGAGGACUCCGCGGAGGUUGCGGACCAGAUAUUGCAGCGGUGGCAGACCGUCGACCUGGCGAACGUGCAGAGGUUGUACUCGCAUGACAAAGCCGUUGCAGAGCAAAGCCGCAUGGUGAAGGAGACUUUCUUGGACAUCCUCAACCACACCGACUUGAACAAGCUGUCUCCCGAGGACACGUUGGAGGCCAUGAGAAUCGCCUUGUCUCCCAUCCCCAGGGAUUCGCCGCCAGCAAGCUUCGACCUCGGCGCUCCCGUCUUGCAGGCGCUUCGCUCGAUCAAGUCUGUCGUGCUCGUGGAUAGGUACGCCGGGCGGGGCAGGGAGGCUCUCGAUGACAUUGCGGUUUUCCAGAGCAGCGACAACGAGAUCUUGAUGCAGUUCAAGACGCCGGCUGGCCUCAAGAUGUUGAGGUGUUGCAAGGACUCCCCGUCGUCCGUUGUCAAGGUGGAGAACAGCGUGAACCGUCUUCGAGAGAUGAGUGGUAAAACGUUCGACACGGUCGCCGAGAUCAUCAUGUUUGACAAGGAGUUCCACCUCCCAGGUGUGGUUGAGCAAGCUGGGGAGGAGUGUGCCACAUGUCUGGCACGAAACCUCGACGCUUGGAUCAUGGCCCAGUCUUGCGUUGUGAAGGGCGCCGUCAAGGCCGUCCUCGAUGGCAGCAUCGACGCGGAGUCGGCGGGGGAGGAUCGCGUCUUGUCCGCUCCCGCGCUCACGACGUUUCUGGCCCAGGUCCCCAACGUGUUGAAGAUGGGCAUCGUGACUGCGAAGACCGACGCCGCCGAGGCUUACGUCCAUGGCCUCGACUUGCUGAAGGCCAUCGCCGCGGGGCCGCUACUGCUACUGACGCCUGAUGCCGCUGGCAGUUGCAACAUGGCCCACUUCGAACGUCUCGCCCACAUGAUUCAAGAUAUCUCGGUUUGUUAUUCUUCGAGCUCAAGGGCUUUCGAAAAGAUCGGCUCCAGCCAGACUGAGGUCCGCGUGUUGCUCAAUAAGGCCAUUGAGACUUUGCGGGCGGCAGAGGCCGCAGUCGUGACUCCAAAGGUAUCUGACAUCGCCAAGUUCUUGUACUGCGACUCCUCGUACAUCCCAGGCCCCGACGCGGCCGCUCCCGACGCGGCCGCAGCCGCCGCUGCCCCGCCCAUCACGGUCGUACCUUUCAUCCGUGAGAUGGAUAUCGAGAGGCUCGCGACACUUUACGACCAGCACAGGGGCAGCUUGUCCCAGGUCGCAGACCACGUCCAGGACGCCGUAGCAAUGCUUUCGGCCCUUGCCCGGCCUGAGGCGGCGGCGGUGCUCCAGGUCAAGUUCGCACUGGUCCGCGUGCGUCUCCGAUACGCGCGCUGCUACGGCGCUAUGGCCGACUCCAGGACCGAGUUCGUCACCCUCGACGCGUGGCUCAACCUCAUCGCAGGCUUGGCCGCCGACCACGCCGCGCUGACUGCGGUUUUUGCGUCUGAGACACUCGCUGAAAUGUGGGGUGCGUUCGUUGGGGCCUCAGCUGCGAGCGCGUCGGCCCUGCGCCAGGUCGAGUUCGCGCCAGUCAAGACGGCGUGCGAGCAUGGCCUCGAGAAGAGCGGGGAGCUGAUCAUUACGCUCGUCGGCAACUGGUCUCUCCGACUGAGCCGAUGGUCCCAGAAGUUGCUCAGCGAGAUCCCGUCCGAGUGGAACAGCUUCGUGGUCAAGGUCUUCGACGUGGAGCGCAUCAAGAGCGAGCUCUUGGCGAAGAAGUGGGAUGCGUUCGCGAGAGGGUGGGCCUCGCUCCAGCGGCUCUUCAGCCAGGUCCGCGGCUUCGAGUGCGCCCUGACGGGCAAGUUCGAUUCCAUGCAUGCUGCCACCUCGACGUCCGUGUCUGGCGUGCUCCUGGACGGCAAGAAGCUCAUUGCUGCAAUCGCCUCGUGCGCACUGAUCGUGGAGAAGCUCCCCAAUUUGCCGUCCGUGGAUCGCGUCAGCGUCAUUGAGCAGCACCUCAGCAAGGCCCGUUCGUCAUCGGCCCUUCCGCCGCCGAACAUCGUGGAUUUCCUUGGCAAGGAGCUCAAGAAGGCGAAGGCGGCUGGCAAUGGCGGCAAGAAGCA